GUCGUGUAGUGCGCAAGUCGACUUUUCAGUCGGACUCGGACGCAAUCCCUUGUUGCCGCGCGAUCCACAGACCUACCUCGGAAGUCGUGGACGUGUGUGUGCUAGCGUAGCUGCCUCCCGUUGUUGAGUAAUCCAUCUCUCUCGUGUGUGUGUCUUCUUGCCCCACCACGCACCUUCCUGUGACUCCAUGAGCUUGGUCAGCUUGGUCGAUCACUUCAAGAAGAAAAAGGUCAAGCGAAGCCGCGGCAGUAUGUCGCGCGCCACCUCUUCGACCCUGGACGACGCAGACGCGUCCGCAUUGGCUGCGUUCGAUCUGUGUCUGACGUCGCUGCAAGUUGCCGCGGAGACGCGCGACGUUGCGUUCAUGAUCCCUCCCACGCCGCUUGGGUCCCCAAUCCAUACAUCAACUCGCUUUGCGAAGCGCUCUCGUCUUCCAUCUGUCGACGACGAGCAAGAAGUCGAUGCGGCCGAAGGCGAUGCUGCCGGCAGUGCCCUGGUUAUCCUCAGUAGCCGUCUCGAAGACGAGCUGGGCCUCCUUCAAAAGCGCGAAUGGAAACGCACCAAGAAAUCGCACCAGCAGCUUGGCUUUUAUGCCAUCACGUCGGCCUUUCACCGUGCUCUGGCCGAACGCAAUGCGGCGCAACCUUGCUCCACUGCCGAAUGAGUUGUGAACCAUCCUGUAGAACUUGCUGUAUUUAAGAAUGAACCAUAUACCUUACAACUACCCCUACGUCACAUGAUGCAUUGUUUCCCGAACUAUUUCAAUCCCCGACGAGUCCAUCGCAUGAGGAGUAGAAUCUAAAGCAAUCUUCGCGACCCUCCGUCCAUACACGUAAACCGUCGCAGCCGACUACAGUACUUAUCGCUCGCCACUUGCCACGUAUACAAACAGCGUCCCCGCAGUCCCUUGAACACGACGAUACGCCCAUUCUACAUAAUGAGACUCCACACCCUCGUACCAUGCUUCUUCCGCCAUCGUCGCCGCCGUCCAAUUCCACGGUUCGUCCGCAUUUCGCCGCUUCCGG